AUGAUGGGACUUCAUUUUCUGUUCAAACUCACAGUCUCUGUUUUACUCUGCACUACACCAGCAGGUGGCUAUGUAUAUCAGAUGAUAUCUGACUGUGAGUAUGAUGACAGCAUCACAGACAUGGUCUACCUUGUGAAAAAUCUAUUUAACCAGAAGCUUACCAGCAUCUAUGACUCUCGGGUUGGAAAGUAUGUUGGCUUUGGAGAAUUGGGCAUGAAGAACGCCGCCCAUUAUAACAGUCAGCAAUGGAAAAUGACAGCAAGAAAAGCAGAAGUGGAGACUCUUUGCAGAUACAACGCAAGACUAUUCAGAAGCAGCACGCUGGAUAGAAAAGUGCCUCCGGUUGUCGAGGUCCAUCCGACCAAGCCAGCAGAAUAUGGGAAGCGGUCCAUGCUUGAGUGCAGCGUUGUGGGGUUUUAUCCUCAGGAAGUGAGUGUGAGCUGGCUGAGAGACGGGGUCGAGGUCACCACAGAUGUGUCGUCAACAGAUGUCCUGGCCGACGGGGACUGGAGCUUCCAGCUUCACUCUUACCUGGAGCUCACACCCAGAAGAGGGGAGAGGGUGAGCUGCAGGGUGGAGCACAGCAGCCUCAGAGAGAGCCUGACGGUGGACUGGGACACCUUUUCCCUGGAUGCUAAAUACCUGAAGAUUGCUGUGGGGAUCAUUCGUCUUCUUUAUCGGCUUCACUGCAGCCGCUGGUGGAGCAGCUUACUACUGGUGGAAACAGAGGUUUGUCUUCAGCCGAUUAGACAGACAUGGACAAAGAUCUCCAAGUCAUCCCUCAGAAUUAUUGAGGUUUUCCCCAUAAAUUGUACCAACGUUGUGUUCUCAUCAUUUUGUAGGAUUAAUGUGUCGACCUGUCACUGACAAAAACUGUCUCACCUUGGAAUAAGACUCGUCUUGUGCAUGACUUGUCAGAUCUGUGUGGGUCCAUAUGUCCAUAUGUAGUGUUUUUGAAACACAUAUUUAACAGGAUAGAGUAUUUUUAUAAAUCCUAUUACUGGUUACUUUUAGCGUUAACUGUUUACUUGAUGGUCACUGAAUUAGUAUGAAUGAGUUUGUGGGUAAAGAAAAAGCAUGGGGACAGCUUCUUCUCUUUAACUUUGUCCAUGACCAUUUCAACAACAGGACAAAAGAACACAGAGUACGCAUUUACUUUAUUAACAGACAUCUUGACAGACACAUAAACACAUGGUAUAGUACUUAAAACCACUUCUGUGGUAGCUCCCGCUUCAGUCGGGGUCUCCACGAGCACAUUUUAGCAUGAUGACACACACACACACAGACUCACAAGGUGAAAACAAUACCAGCCACAUGCUGUCGCCGCUGGUAAUCACCACGGUGUGAACACACCAUGUGUAAUUUGUGUGUAACUGUAGGUAGUGUAAGAGAACUUGUAUUAUUUUCAUGUUCAUGUGUAAAAAUAGUGUCAGUGUGUGAAGAUGUAUGGAGACAGUGAUAGCUUUCUCAUAUAUAUAUAUAAAUAUAAAUGUUUGCAUAUA